CUUUGAGAAGGUUCAUUAUUUUCUACCGAGCAUCAUGUCCGACACACAAUUGAAGAGAAAGCGCUCUCAGCGUGACAAGGCUCCUGCGACUGCCUUGCCCAAGCGCCAGAAGAGCGACCACCUGCAUGCCGACACUGCGACAAGCACUCCCAAGCCCGUCAAGAUCCAAACACCGAAGACCACACCAAAGACCCAAGUGAAGGAUCAAAUCAGCACACCGACUGUCACUCUGCCACAAGUUGCCGGCGAUUCCAACAACAAUGCGCUCCAAGUAGCCACCACUCCUGGUCAAGCGAAGAAGUCGUCGAGGCGAAGCAGAAGAAAGGCCGUCGACCGCGUUGCUAUCGAUGACGCUCAGGUCGUCGAGAAACCGCAAGCAAAGGUUGAGGGAAGAUCACCCUGGUCGCUGUCAAAACCUUUGGGCGGAAGAUUUGUUCUGCACGACCCCAUUUUCGCUCAAGAUGAGAGCUGUGUUUUUGCCUCCAACGGCCGAGAAGUCGAGGUUUUGUCAAUUGCUACAUCGCUGGUCGAGAGAAAGCUGCCCGGACCCGACCACUCAGCCACCGCUUUUGCUGUUUCUGUCGCCGAUGAGGAGGACCUAUACAUCGCUUCGUCCACUGGCCGUGUUCAGCGCUGGAACUGGAUUACUGGAACUCCUGUAAAUGAUGAUAUCAAGUUUGAGGGUUCUAUUUCUGCCCUGGCUGUUGUAGCAUCAGGAGACGCCUCACAGGACGCCUUGUAUGCCAUUUGCCAAAAGUCCGGAGACUGGAACAUUGUCACUGGAGACCGCACUAUCUACACAUCAAAGGACGCUCUGAGCCAUCUCCGCAUUGAAGGCGAUUUCGUUGUUGCUGCCACUUCUACGAAAUUGGUAGUUGGCAAGCGCAUCGCCUCCGCAGAUUCUCCUCGUUACGAUUUUGUCGAAAUCACAGUUUCUGCUGGCGUAACAAGUCUUGAAUGCAGAAUCGAGUCGAGUGAAUCCAAGAAGAAGGCAAAGACGGAGAACGUUACAGUCGCUGUAGGAAAUGUUUCGGGUGAAAUCUUCCUCUACGAGAAUGUCUACCCUUCAGACAAGUCCGCCGAGUCAUUGACUCCUCGCACCCUUCAUUGGCACCGCGAGGCAGUUGCCACUCUGAAAUGGUCAAAGGACGGAACUUAUCUUAUUUCUGGUGGCAGGGAGACUGUUCUUGUGCUUUGGCAAUUGACUACCGGCAAGAAGCAGUUCCUUCCUCAUUUGACUGCCGAGAUUGAGCGUCUGACCGUUUCUCCCAAUGGCGCAUCAUAUGCUCUUCAACUCGCAGAUAAUUCGGUCAUGGUCCUUUCCACUACUGAGCUCAAGCCCACCGCAAACUUCGCUGGACUCCAGGCUCAAUCAUGUAUUGACAAGAACACUAAUGCCGCCACCGCUGAGGAGAAGAGCUUCUUGCGUCCGGCUGCAGCUACCCUGAACCCCUUGUCCCCAGAUCAACUUCUACUUUCCGUGCCCUCUUCAACGAAUGAGACCUCCCAGCACACUUCUUCCGCCGCCCCUCGACCUUUCCUUCAGACUUAUGAUAUUUCAAACGACCGCCACAUCUCUCGCCAGGCAUUGACUCGCAACAUGGUCACUGACUAUAACAAGGGCCCUGAAGGCAACCGCAUCAAGGUUCCUGAUGUUACUCAUAUGCAAGUCAGCCAUGACGGACAAUGGCUCGCCACAGCUGAGCACUGGUCUCCUCCUUACCCCGAUGUUGAGCACUUGGCCUCUGACAAGUCUUCAAAUGACGAACAACGCCUCUUCCGCCGCGAGGUCUACCUCAAGAUCUGGCGCUGGGACUCAGAACGCAACCUCUGGGCUUUGGAGACAAGGAUUGACAGCCCUCACCAAUCGAACGACGACGCUCAACCUGGUCGUAUCUUGAAUCUUGUAUCAGAUCCCGUCGAGGUUGGUUUCGCAAGUGUGGGCGAGGAUAGCUGCGUCCGCAUCUGGAAGCCCAAGACUCGCUUGCGCAACGGCAUUGUCGUCCGCGGUACCAAGGCAGAAGGUCUCGUUGACUGGUCAUGCCGUCACUCAAUUCCUCUGGACCGCAGUGUCGAGCUUGCCGAAGUGCCCGAUCAACCGCGCCUGCUUCUUCCUCCUAAGGGCGCCGCACUCGCAUACUCAGAGGACGGCUCCACGAUAGCCGUAUCACAAGCCUUUGAGCUCGCCACGGAAACACCAACCGUCCACUUUAUCAACACAGCCGAUGGCGCCACCGAGCAAGCCCGCGCAGGUUUCUUCACCGGCACCGUCCGCGCUCUUGCAUUCCUCGAUCGCCAUCUCAUUGUCCUCGCCGACCAAACCAUCGCUGUCUGGGAUAUCGUAGAUGAAUCUCAGCUCUACUGCAUUAACCUCGACCGCCUUGCACGCUUCGGAACCUCUCUCCUCACCACAAACCCCGAGGAUAAGACUUUUGCCGUAUCGGUAAAGUCAAAGGGUGGUGUUUCAAGGGUGCAGAUCUUCAGCACUACAAGCUCGGCCCCUCAGUUCAACCAGUCGUUGCCUUAUCCUGCUUCUGCUGUAUUGGCUGUCAAGGGCAGACGUGGUUACAAGGUCCUCACCACCGCAGCCGAGGUCUUCACACUCAGCCCUCGCGCCGCUGCCCCUUCCAUCGCAGGCAUCCGCACACGUCGUGGCAAGCGCUCUGGCGGCUCCACCCUCCCCUCCAUCGCCUCCUCUGUCAUCGCCACCCCCACCACCGCCACAUCAGACGCACAAGCAGACCUCGACGCAGAAAUGUCUGACGAACAAGCAGAAGUCCUCCUCCUCGAAAACGACGAGGAAGCAGAUAAACCUGUCGUCAGACCUGAACAACUUGCCCAAGUAUUCGAUAGGGAGAACAUCGCACUCAUGCCCAUCAGCGAGAUGUUUGACGCCGUGGUCGGCUUGUUCGCCAGGAAACCCAGAGCUGUUCCUGUGGUCGCUUCUGUUGCAUAGAUGGUGCAGAAGGAAAGGUUGGAGGAACAUUGGUCGUGAUGGCUAUUUGUGAAUUAGAAGAUUUUUUUUUUUUUUU